CUUUUAUUUUGAAGGCAACCCAACGUCAUUUCCACGCGGAAGUGCGUCCGUCCCCAAAUGAAAACUCGCCUGAAAACAAACCGAAACAGCCUAAUUGUUAAUUUUUGAAACAUUCUAUCAGAAUCAGAAGUCACUAAGUGUCUUCCAUAACAGUUUGAGAUGGUUUCCACUGAUGUCAAAUCACUGAUCCAAAGGUUUUACCAGCUCCAGUCUGAGCGUCUGGAGGCGUAUCGACUCUUCGAAGAAGGUCAUGAGGCCUACUUGAAGACGGGCCCCCACUACGACUUCGAGCACUACAAGCAGCUGGUGCACCAAAUCACGCUGGCCUUCAGCGGCAUUUCCAAGGAAGUUUUGGAAAUCAAGGACAAGUUCCAGCUCCACUUGGACCGGCCCGACCUAUCGGAACACAUUGAGAAGCUGCAGUGCAAAGAGAAGCAGAAGCUCCAAUUGACAGCUCAGUUGCAGCUGGCCAGGCAGCGAGCUCAGGACCACCCGGAAGAGGGGGACGCCCUUCAGGAGAAGAUCCAGCAGCUCAAACACCAGAUCAUCAAGACCAAAGAAGAGCUCAGCGAAGUCAUGCAGGACUUUAAGUACGACUCUGAGGAGAGUGAUUGACCCCCUUGGAUUCUUGAGGCUCACCUAUUGGGUUGAACUUUUAUAAACGCACUGUAAAUAUGUUCAAAUACAACAACAAAAAAGUGAAAACAUAAAAUGUAUAGAAGAGACUGCACGUGUGGCUGUAAUUCAUUCGGUGUAGUGCUGCAACGAUUUAUCAAUCAGCUCGAGUAAUUCAAUUACAAAAAAGCUUCAAUUCAAAUUUAGCUGCUUUGAGUAUUUUUUUAAUUACAGUGGCUUUUUAAUGGUUUGUUUUGAAAGGGUUUGUGUUUAGCUUUAUCGACUUUGGUGGAUACACUGCCCUGUAGUGGCAACAGUGAAUAUGACAUAACUCAUUUAAAAUGGCUGCUCCAUGUUAAGACCAACAUAAGGUACGUUUUUGCUUGAGCUAAUGCUUUUUAUAUGCUAGUAUUCAUAAUUUAGUUUAGUUAUAUUUAGCCGUUUUUUGUUUUGUUUUUUUUGGUGGGAAUAUGUGAACGAUUUUUUAAGAGCAUUGUAAAAAAAAAAAUUAAUUAAAAUAUAGCAUUUUAUAGCAACUCACCGGUGAACCGGUGAAAAUGGCUGGGAGUGAAUGAGUUAAGCUUGCGGACUUUUGCUAUGCAAGUUAGCCAAUUGUUCUCUUGUACUUAGAGCCUCAUUUAUUUAUUUAUUUAUUUUAUUUUGUUUGCGGCUAAGCUCUGGCAUUUUAUUUUUAAAUGAAAGUAUUAAAAUGAAUUAUGUUUAAUUUGCAGCAAGUGUUAACCCUUUCAGGGACAGUGCUCACUACAGUGGAUUCACUGCAAUCCAAGGUCACAGAAUAUCGGUUGUCGUAGUGAGUAAAAGGGAAUUGAUAUUGAAAACACCUAAUGAUGACAAUAAUCGUCGAAUCCAUUUCAACUGGUAGGUAAACAAUCAUUGGAAAUGGAUUGGACGUCGAUUGCAGUGAGUGACAGGCAAAAAGUUGAGCAAAAGAGUGAGUGAAAUACAAACGUGCCACAACUUGUUUUAAUCUGUUUUGGCUUUUAGAUUUAUUAUUAAAUUGAGUUUUUUUUUUGUUAGUCAUGGCAUUUAAAAAAUAUGAUUUAAAAGAUUUUUCAAACCUAAAAUUCAAUUAAUUCAUUUUAUUGAAAAAUAUUUAAAUAUAUAUAUUUUUCCCAUUGCAAAAUACAUGUUAACAACCUAAAAUUAGUUGUCUAACGUAGCUCGCAAAACGAUUUUUUGGUAACGUGAUCAGGGGUGAAAGUGGGCCGGAACAGUGUUCCGUUAAGAGAUUCAGUGCCGGAACGGUGCUUUGAUCCCGAAAAUAUGACGGCAACUGUCUGAACCCCAUGCUAAAAACAACCUGCCUGGCUGCCACACAGGCAUCUUCAAGAGGAAGACAAUCCACUAAUGUCAGAUUUACAUACACAAAUGUUAACAAAAAGCAUAAUAAACUGCUUGUGUAGCGUCAUCCGUUUCCACCGAUAUUAUUUAUCUAUUCCACGGACGGCACGAAGCUCCACAGCUGCAGCAGAUAUCCGAGUCGCGUCGAUGUGCGCACGCCUCCCUGGCCUGGACUCCAGUUAUCCGUUUAAUUGGCUGAGAUACUGACACAUGAUCAGCAUGGAUAGUUAGCUCUUAUUGGUUCAAAUGUACAUGUUUUCUGGGACCAAAAAAACAGAACAAGGUAGUUGAAUCGAUGCGAUAAAAAAGCGUAAUGCAACGGGAAAUUGAACAGAUCUUUAAAAGAAAG